AUGGGGAGACUCAAUCGUCUUCCGAAAAGGGAUGUGGCUGUGUUGAAGAGACAAUUAUCUCACUUGCAAACAUAUCUCGGCGGGAUUAAAUAUAUGACUGGAUUGCCCGAUAUUGUAGUAAUUGUUGAUCAGCAAGAAGAAUCUACAGCUCUUCGUGAAUGUAUGAAUUUGGGCAUUCCAAUGAUUUGUCUCGAUACAAAUUAUGACCCAAAUCUAGCAGAUAUUUCGAUUCUGGCAAAUGAUGACGCUAUAGCUUCAAUUCGAUUAAUUCUUAACAAAUUAGUAUUUGCUAUUUGCGAGGGCCUUUCUAGCUAUAUACGAAAUUCUUGA